AUGAAUUUUAUCCAGCCCCAACGCUCUGUCAUAAAGACUAGCACACUGGUGAUCUAUUUGAAUCCGCUCCACCCCCCGUCGCAUCCGCAUCUUUCUCUUGAUCGUCAUCCUCUAGCUUUGCACCCGCAUCUUACUGUCCUCUCAAUCUUACCCUCCUUCUCUUCACAUGUGGUCAUUUCUUUCGUUGAUGCACGCAAACUCACAGAUAUGCUGAUUCACAUGCUUCGCCACUCUUAUCCCAAUCCUCCUCUCCCCAUGCCUUUAGAAUUCUCCCAGCCCAUUCGUCACCUCCGUCAUCACAUUCCAAACCCACAUUCGGCCUGUCAGCAUUGA